UCCGUCCGCCACAAACUUCCCGCACAGCGCCGCCCGCUAUUGAGCCACACGCGACGGCGGGCGUCCGCUGAAAGACCGCAGCGGCGUCGCUCACUAUGGCGGCGUCGCUGCUCUCCGAGAGCGACAUCAGGCACCGGUCCAUGGCGGAGGAGGAUCCGAACGGCAACGAGCACGGGGCGGCCGGGCGCAGCGCGGCGCCCCGCUGGGGACCGCGGCACGCCGGAGCCCGGCAGCUGGCUCGGCUCUACUCUCCCGGUAAGCGUGUCCAGGAGCGUGUGUGUGUGCUCGUGUGCCUCGUUCUCUUCGUGGUCAACUUCACCUCGCUCCUCCUGCACUUCUCCACGCUGCACUUAUACAAGAUCGUUCUUGGCAUUGUGCUGGGAAUAUUGACAGCAGACUUUGCAUCGGGAAUGGUACACUGGGGGGCGGAUACUUGGGGAUCUGUCGACAUCCCUCUUAUUGGCAAGGCAUUUAUUCGGCCGUUCAGGGAGCACCACAUUGACCCGACCGCCAUCACCCGCCACGACUUUAUUGAAACCAAUGGAGACAAUUGUAUGAUCCCCAUCUUACCACUGACGCACAUGGCCUACAAGUUCUUCACUUGCACACCAGAGGCCUCGGCGGCGUCUUAUCCCUGGGACUGCUACGUCUUCGCCCUGGCCGUUUCUGUCACGUUGACCAACCAGAUUCACAAGUGGAGCCACUCCUACUUCGGGCUCCCGCGUUGGGUCACGCUGCUGCAGGACUGGCAUGUGGUGUUGCCACGGAAACACCACCGCAUCCACCACGUCUCGCCACACGAGACGUACUACUGUAUCACUACAGGCUGGUGCAACUAUCCAUUGGACCAGCUGGGCUUCUGGAGGCGCAUGGAGCAUCUGAUCGAGCGACUGACUGGUCAAAAGCCUCGAUCUGAUGACCUGGCCUGGGCCAAGAAGACUGACUGAUGGAUGCAUGGACAGAUGGAAAGGAGGAUGUAGAAACUGUACACAAGGAGAUGAUAUAUUCAAAGAAAAGCUUACACACACACACACACACACACUGUAAAUGUUUCAGUGCUUCUGUUGUAUUUAUGAGAACCCUUUUCGCAAUAAAAAGUUCUGUAAUCUUCGUAGAUGCAAAGUUAUGUAUAUUGUCUAACAAGGUUUGUGAAAAAAAAAAAAAAAAAGCUUUCCAAAUGCCUACAUGAUUGAAACGUAGCAACCAAUCAGCUGGUGUAUUUAGAAGGCCACUUUAAGCUGUGAGGUGUGCUGGUGUCCUGGUGGAGGAGGUUGGGCUCUCCAGGGCUGAUGCCAUGCUGCCUAACGCACACAGUAACACACACUCACACGUAUUAUUGAAAGAAAGAAUAAAGCGAAAUAUUUAGUUAGAAUAGCACCACGUUUAUUUGGGGAGUUGUUAUUAUUAUUUGCUUCACACUCAGCAAUUAGGCACUGUAUCUAAUACACUGAAAGCCAAUGUGGCAGGAAAUAAGUUAUUAGGGUACUGCCAUCAUUCGUGGGAAUGGAGAAAUGUGUACACACCUUGAAUAAUAACUAAGGCAGAAUGUCAACUAAUAUGGUUCAUUUUGAAAAUGGACAUGCAAUCUACAGGCUUUUCAUUUGGCCCAUAUCACACAGCAUAACAUUAUUUUGUCAUUUAUUUUAAUUAGCUUAGUUCGUUUCAGUUUUACUUCCUCUUAGCCUUGCAUUUGUUGGCUCCCCCCUGUAAAUUGUUGCAUCAUCAUUGAGAAAAACAUCUAAAAAAGUAAGAAUAGCAUUAUUACAAGUUCAUUGUUUAAGUAGUUUGAUUCAAAAACUGUAACUUGAUUCAUUUAACUCAUUGGAAAGUAUUUUUGGAAGGAUCAUACCUCCCAAAUGUUUGUAUUCAAAAACAUUGAUUCUUAUGUAAUAUUCCAAUUUCUUGAGAUGGUGAAUUUGGUGUUUUGUUUAACUGUUAGCUAGAAAAUAAUAAUAAUAAUAAUACAAAUAAUAUAUUUUUGUAAAAAUUCUGUGUGCAGUGAAUCUAUACAAUACAUCAAUUUAAAUUUUUUUUUUUAAUUGAACAGUCGAAAGAAAAUGAGUUUUCCAAAAUCUUCCAAUGUGUUGAGCUGCACUUGUAUAUGUCCUCGUCCCAUGUCAUGUCCCGAACAUUCCUGGUGCUGUCUGUCAACAAGUUGCAUUCACUGUUGCGCAAUGCCCUCUAUCCACCUUUGAUACAAAAACAAGUCAAAAAGUUUUUCUGCAUUCAAAGGGUCAAGAAAUCACAACACUUUAGUGUUCCUCCAAACACAUAAACGCUCAUGAACACUCUCACUCCAAAUUUCUGUCACACAUGCGCAAAUGUUUUGUGUUGUGUUUGGUUGUUUGCUCGAUAAAAUUGCAAUUUUCUCUUUUCUUAUUAACGAAUCGAGCCACGUACACUUAAACUCUCCACUUUACAUAUUGCUGUUUGAUGCUCGCUGCUUGUCUGCCUUAAAUGUUUUUAUCUGCUCUUUCAUUUGAAUAAAGAGCUAAACUAUUGCA